CGACUACAUGACAAAACAUUUUGCAACGAUUGUGGAUUUUAAUUUUUAAUUUCGUUUCGGUUAUGAGAAAUUUAUUGUUUGUUGUCGUUUCGAGGCUAAGAGUAAGUCUCACGAUGUCAUCAAAUGUUUCAUAGUUUAAGGUGUUCCAGCAACAUAAUAUUCAUUGUUAUGUUGCGCCGGUGUGCUGUGAUUGAAUGUACGUUUCUGUUUCGUGAAUUCAGCGUUGCGCGCUCAUCGGCGUUGUUGUCUAUCGAUCCUGCAUUGAAACUAUUUGACUGAAGAUCAUAGAGCACCUCAAAUCCCCAUGAUUAUUGAUCACACUAUGGUAGGUUAAUAGCGAGGCUAAAGAGUAAAUUUCUCGAUGUCAUCAAAUGUUUCAUAGUUUUGGGUAAUCGUAAAUUUAUGUAGGCGAUACUCCAUACAUCAAUGCCAUUAUCUAGUCCUGUCUUCUUUAGUCUAGUAAAACCCAUGAAAAUGUCGUUUACCUACUUGUUGUUAUAGGUGUUCCAGCAACAUAAUAUUCAUUGUUGUCUGUAAUAAAUGUGCAUUUCUACGUUAUGAUUUGUGUGUCAAAUGUAUAUUAUGUAAGCCACUUGUUUUCAUAAAUAAAACUCUUGUGGUCCUGUGAGUACCUACGUUCUCCAAACAGACCAGUACUAGUUUUUUAAUUAUAUUAUGUUCUCGCCUAGGAUGUCCAUAACCAGCAAUUCUGAUCACUUGUAAUACUUGUACGUGCCGGUGUACGUCGAUUGAAUGCACAUUUCUGUUUUGUGAACUCAGUGUUGUGCGUUCAGUGGUGUUGUUGUCUAUCGAUCCUGCAUCAAACCUUCAUUGAAACUAUUUGACUGAAGAUCAUAGAGCACCUCAAAUCCCCAUGAUUAUUGAUCACACUAUGGUAGGCAUUACUGAAUACUCACCAAAACUCAAGCCUACAAAAACUGGUUGCCGCCCGGUAUUGCUUCUAAACGUGAAUGGAGUGAAGUUUAUUUAUAUCACAAGGUUUAUUUCAUGGAGUAAUACUUGAUUGUUCGCUCAUUGUUUUUACAAUAAUUGAAUAAAGUUUUAUAGGUUGAUUUGAGAAUUAUCCUCACUUUUGGCAGCUUGCUUAUCUACACAUUUUUGAUGAAUCAGUUUACUACACACCCAUCCAGCUACAUAGCCCAUCGCACAAGCCUCAUGAUUCAUUAGUAUAUUUUCAAUAUUCAUUGAAGAUAAAUGAAUUAAAAAUAUGGAUAAUACAUAUAAAAAAAUUUAUAAUGAAGAAAUAUCUUCUACUAGUACUGAGGAGGAACCCAUGGUAAUUGAUCGUGAAGAACCAACUACAUCUUCAAAUUCUUCAGCUAAAAUGUUCAAAUCAAAGAUCUGGGUGAAAGAUCUUAGGGAACUGAUGGAUGCAGAUAUAUACAAAAACUGGAUUUGUAACAGGGAAAAGUGUCGCAAAUUUGUAGCAAUAACUUGCAAUAAAUGUAAAAUGGUGAGAUACUGUUCCGAUGAUUGCCAACAACGUGACUGGAUAAAGAAGCAUGCAUUUGACUGUGAUGAACUGCGAAAAAAAAUUCAGACUCCACCCUAAAAUUUAUAUUACAUAUAUAAAUAAUUUUAAUGUGUUAAAUGGGUUAUAUAUGAAAAUACUUUUAUUAUAAUUGAAAAAAAAAAUAAUGGUUUAUGCCUUGAUAUUUUGAUAUUUCUUAAGUUUGUAUAAUUAAUAUUAUGGUGUUGAUUACUACUAUGGUUAACCUAAUACGAUUAA